UUUAGUUUACGCUUAUGUACACUUUAGCAAAGACACAACCCGCAAGAAAUUACAAAAUUGUGCGCCAUCUUAAGAACUAUUUUUGAUUCCAUCGAAUAUGCAGCCCUCGUCAAGUUCACAUCUGGAAUGCAUACACUUUGAGAGCAUUGUCAAAAGUAACGUAUAAAAGAAAUAAUGUUGUACUCUCUAGACGGCCGAUUAUCAUAUUAUUCUUUAUUUUCUUUCAAUAUCUUUGAAUUGAUGUUUCAAAUUUUUUAAGUUAAUUCGUUUCUUUCUGGUACAAAAAAUUACUCAUUUUAAAAAUUCUCAACAUUUUUUUCAUAAAUUUUCAAAAUUGCAAAGUUUCUAAGAUAAGAUUACUUAAGACAUGAUGCUGACGCCUACAUUUGCCCAUACAGCGGUUGGGCGAUGUAUAUGGACAUCACUAAACAAAUUGCUUAUUCGAAAUUUUGCCCGUUGUGAACCCUUCUGUCCAGCAACGCCAAAGGAAAUUUGCGAGAAAGAAAAGCCUGAAGCUAAUAGAAGAGCCAUGCCGGCGGCGGAGGUACAAAGAGAAGCUGAGUGUCACUAUACUAAAAAAUGCGUAGAAACGAAAAGUCAGCGAGCCUGCACGCCAAGGAAGCCGAAAUGUCCAAAUUGGGAAAUCGAAUGCCAAUGUGCGAAGAGAGAAGGACAAAAGCACAUGACUUGCGUUGAAAUGGUAACUACAAAAAUGGAUCCAAACGAGUGCUGCCCAGUUGAUGGAAUGAUUAAUACCGAAUGUGCUUCUUCACGAACUAAGAGUGAAUUAAAGCGGGAGAAUGAACCAUUUAGAUCUUUAUGGAAUUACCAGAGAGAGUGUUGCGUUAAUAAUCCUUGCCCUAACUUAUUACCUCGUUUCGACGAGUUGUAUUGGUGCCCAUCGGAUAAGUAUACCCGCGAAUAUCAACAAACUUGGGUGGAAUGUCCUCGUUUGAAAAUUCUGCCACGCAAAACUUGUUGCUACGAGGAUCUUGGUCUUCCACCAGUUUGCCGCCGGCCUAGACAGGCUAAAAUACCAACAGCAUGCGCUUUCAAUCCAAAUAAGUUAAAUACACUGAAAAAAAUAUGCAUAUAUGAUCAAAGGUGCCCAAGAAUACAAAUGCCGUGCUGUAUGAGAGCUCGCGUACCGCCAAAAUGCACGCCAUCCCAUCCAAAGUCAAAUUGCAAGAAAUAUUGUUGUCCAUAUCCGUCGCUAGCGGAAUGUUGCCGCCAAUGUCCAAUACCGUCGAAGCCUAUAGAAUGCACCUGCAAACCGGCUUGGACGCCCACAUGCGACGUCUACAGCUUUUUGAGGCGUAAGCAGGUAUACAAUUUACCUCCGCCGUUGCCUGCUUGGCCGCCAAAAUAAGAGGAAAAAUCAGUAAAAAAAUCAAUUGAAGCCGAAAAUUUCUCGCCGAAAAUAGUCGAAAUUGCAACAUGAAAUGCAAUUCCGAUUAUUUUCGUUUUGAAAUUUUCAAAAAUUUUCCGCAAACAGUGGAGCCGGAUUUGUAAUACUCGCACGUUGUCUUAAUAAUCUUGGGAAUAUUUUUUUUUUUCUUUUUGGUGGUAAUAAAAUUAAGAAUGUAU